AUGAUACUUAGUGACCUGAUCUGUGGUGUGGUAUUCUUCUUUCAAUGUGCCAUUGGUAUUGUAGGGAAUUUGUUGCUCUUCAUGCACUAUGUCUAUAUUACCUUCAGAAAGCCUCAAGAGAAGAAACCUUUGGACUUCAUUAUUGCUCAUUUGAGUUUGACCAAUAUAGUCACACUUUGUACCAGAGGAAUCCCAGAAAUUAUAUUUUGUUUUGGGAUGAGAAAUUUUUUUGAUACUUGGGGGAUUAAGAUUGUCAUGUACAUUUACAGAGUUUCUCGUGGACUUUCUGUAUGCACAACAAGUCUUCUGAGUAUAUUCCAAGCCAUCAUUAUCAGUCCACACAACUCUGUGUGGGCAUGGAUCAAAGUCAGAGUUUUCAGAUAUAUAUUACAUUACUUUUUCUUUUUCUGGGUCACCAAUGCAUUGAUUUAUAUCUCAUCCAUUCAAAGCACUGAAGCAGUCACAAAUGACAAUAUAUCUACCUAUCGUUACAUUUCUCAUCUUUUUGUAGUUCCAUCAAGAAAUAGUCAUAAGGUCACAGUUAAACUUAUGCUUAGUAUUUUUAUUCAUGACAUUAUUUUUCACUUUCUUAUGGGUUUGUCCAGUACCCACAUGGUGUUUCUCCUUUAUAGACAUAGCAAGCAAGUACAGUACAUUCACAGAAAUCAUCAUUCCCCUAGAUCUUUGCCUCAGGUCAGUGUUACAAUGACCAUCCUUUUGCUUGUGAGCUGUUUUGUUUUAUUCUACUGGCUUAACAAUUGUAUCUCCUUAUACUUAAGUUUUACAAUUGUAAAACAUGUUGACUUGGACACCAUUUCAGCCUUUUUUGGUUUAUGUUACCCUGCCCUCUGUCCCUUAAUACUGAUUACCAGAGAAAAUCGUUUCCCAAAGCUUAAUUUUAUGCCCGGGAAGUCAAGAAGAUCUCACAAGGAUUUUAUGGAUGAAUUAGUUAAACCAUGA